CAUUGCUGCUCUUUUUUAUCUAUCUCAACCAUGCUUCGACGUUGUUUAUCGUAUCGACCCCCUGUUACCAUUAGAAAGUCGCUUAAAAAAGCAACGACUGUGCGAUGGAUUCAAACAGCAGGCCACAUUGAAGACGAUGCACCACACCAAAUCCCACCACAACUGAAUUACGGGCACCUAGUUGACAAUGCUGCGACCAUUGAAAAAAAUAUGCAGUUGCGAAAGUACGAAAGUGACAUUGUUCACAAAGUGAAGCAACUAUAUAGCGUGCGCGAAACGAUCUUGGACAAGAAGCAACGAUUGACCCAGGAACGCGACGAAACAAACAAGCUAAUUCGAAGUGCAAAAAAUAAAGACGAACGACAACAAUUCAUCGAUCGUGGACGACAGUACAAAGAACAGCUCCGUACGUUAGAAGAGGAACUCUCGAAUGUUGAAUCCGACAUGUCUGCACACGCGCUAUUGAUUCCCAACGACACCCAUCCGGACGCGCCAAUAGGGCCAGAAGAAAACGCACACGUAUUAAAGAUUGUAGGCAAACAGCGCCUUGAGGAUGGCCUUGUGGAUCACCUUACCUUGGCAGAAAAGCUUGAUCUCGUGGACUUUGGCCAGGCAGCCAAAGUGAGCGGAUCCAAGUUUUACUACCUGAAAAAUAACGGUGCAUGGCUUGAAAUGGCGCUUAUUCAGUAUGCCAUGCAAAAGGCUACGGAACAUGGCUUUGGUGCAGUAAUUACACCGGACGUUGUGCGCGCAUCGAUCGCAUAUGGAUGUGGUUUUCAGCCACGCAAGACUGAAGCAUCGCAGAUUUACGAUGUCACUACGGCCAGUAUGGUCAAUACCUCGGCACCCAAAUUGUGUUUAACAGGCACCGCUGAAAUCCCACUUGCUGGUAUGUUUGCUGAAAAAAUGCUCAAAGAAGAGUCUUUACCGCAGCGGGUUGUUGGUUUUGGUCGUGCGUUCCGUGCUGAAGCAGGCCAUGGGUCGGCAGAAGAGCGAGGAUUGUAUCGCGUACAUCAAUUUUCCAAGGUCGAACUUUUUGCCGUUACUACACCGGCUCAAAGUGACGGUUUACUCGAGGAGCUACGGAAGUUGCAAGAGGAUAUCUUUACUGAGCUCGGGUUAUGCUUCCGGGUCCUUGACAUGCCAACUGAAGAGCUAGGUGCAAGUGCUUACCGUAAAUAUGAUAUAGAAGCAUGGAUGCCAGGUCGACGGAGCUGGGGCGAGAUAUCAUCCACAUCCAAUUGCACGGAUUAUCAGACGCGACGACUGGACAUCCGGUAUCUUUCAUCACAAUUCAAGGAACAAGUUGGACCAAAGGACGUACGUGUACCCUGGCAUAUCAAGGAGAAAUGGGUGAAUUUCUGCCAUACACUCAAUGGCACUGCGAUUGCAGUACCGCGAGUAAUCAUUGCACUCUUGGAAACUUUCCAACGCCCGGAUGGAACGGUGGAGAUACCGGAGGUUCUACGUAAAUGGAUUCCUGGACAACCAAAAGUAUUAUCAUAGAAAAUGUCAAACUCAAAAAUAACAGGCCAACCCCACUUUAAUAAAAGCAUACUUGUAAUUAGUACCUUAGUAAGGCAACACAAAAAGAAUAAGCAAAAAAAUAUAAAAUCUUGGGAUACCCAGCUUCUCAUUCA